AUGGGACAUCAACCGAAUGUCCCUCGCUUGCAGAAAACGCAGUUCAUCUGUUUCGACUCAAUGAUAGCGUGGCGUGAGUCGGUGCUCGAUGGGUACAACGCCUUUACUCAGAAUAGUCUGAGGUGGGGCGUAAAUGAAUUGAGAGUUGGACGAAUUCUAGAUGAUCAGUCACAGAGUCAAAAUGGUGUUGCAUCUGCAAAGAAUUUCGAAACAUUCAAUCAUUACGGUACUGUAUUCUUUUUGAAUACAUUCGAAGAGGAAAUGAUGGCGGCAUGUCUUACAUUGGUAGAAUUGAGCCAGCCCUCCAAAGAGAAAUAUUUGAAUAUUUCCACGGAUCAAGAUCGAGAUUUAAUCUUAUCGACGGAACAAGAAUUGGAUGCAUGCUUUACAUUGAUUGGAUUCAAAAAACAGCGUUGCUUCUUUGCUUCGGAUGAAACCGCAAACAUUUAUGGUAGAGCCAAAAAAUUGAGAGGGUUUCAACGUGGAUUUUUCGACCAUACAUGCGAAGAGCACUCUACGGAUGGUACGUCAGUAAGUGAAAUUGUCACAUCUGACACUCUUUAAACGGCAGGGACUCUAGACUUCAUGAGGGGAAGUCACGAAAGUAGAUGUGGUUUAGGAAAGAUAAUUGAUCAAUGUGAUUGCGAAGAACUGAGUUGAAAAAGUUGGAGCAUGGUUCCCAGGGAGUAGACAAAGGCAAAAAAGGUUUGCGGAUAAAUGAGAGUAAGGGAAUGGAGGAUGCG